AUAGUCCUAGAGCACCUAGAACAAAGAGUGAACCAUGGCUUCCACACUCGAGGGCAAACUAGCUCUUGUCAUGGUGACCAUCCUAGGACUCUGGGCCUCCAAAGCAUGGUCUCGCGAGCUCCACGAAGCUACCAUGGAAGAGAGACACGAGCAGUGGAUGGCUCGCCAUGGGCGGGUGUACGAGGACACCGCCGAGAAGGAGCGACGCUUCUCGAUCUUCAAGAACAACGUCGAGUACGUUGAGUCCUUCAACAAGGAUGGGAAUAAACCGUACAAGUUAGCCAUCAAUGCGUUUGCUGACCUGACAAGCGAGGAGUUCAAGGCAACAAGGACCGGAUACAAGCGCUCGUUCUCCCCGAGGCCAGCGAGCAUUAAGACAUUCCGAUACGAAAGUGUGACUGCGAUUCCAUCAAGCAUGGAUUGGAGAAACAAAGGAGCCGUCACGCCAGUUAAGGACCAAGGCCAAUGCGGAUGUUGUUGGGCUUUCUCUGCUGUGGCGGCCAUGGAAGGGAUUACCCAACUCACGACGGGAAAACUGAUCUCUUUGUCCGAGCAAGAACUAGUGGAUUGUGACAGGAGUGGCGAAGACCAGGGUUGCGGGGGUGGCCUCAUGGACGACGCUUUCGAGUUCAUCAUCAGCAACCACGGCCUCACGACCGAGGCCAAUUACCCUUAUCAAGCUGUCGACGGCACCUGCAAUGCCCGGAAAGCAUCCUCUAGUGCCGCGAAAAUCACUGGAUAUGAAGACGUGCCUUCCAACAGCGAAUCCGCCCUUCUGAAGGCCGUGGCCCACCAGCCGGUUUCCGUGGCGAUCGACGCAGGCGAAUCAGAUUUCCAGUUCUACUCCAGCGGCAUUUUCACCGGGGAAUGUGGGACCGAUUUGGACCACGGGGUCACCGCGGUCGGGUACGGGAUGAGUGAGGACGGAACCAAGUACUGGUUGGUCAAAAAUUCGUGGGGCACCGGAUGGGGCGAGGAGGGAUAUAUCAGGAUGCAGAGGGACAUUGAUGCUGCGGAAGGUCUUUGUGGCAUUGCCAUGGAUGCUUCAUAUCCAACUGCAUAAUUGCUUGGGACAAUACAGCAAUGUCACGUUAAUACAGAGAUUGGGCCAUGGUAAACGUGUCUUUGUGUGUUUUAUGUGUGCAUAU